GGCCAACCACUGUCGAUGCUGAUGAAGCUCCACCCCCUCGUGUCCUCCCUCCUCUACGACGUCGCGCCAACCCCGGGCGUCGCCGCCGACGUCAGCCACGUGUCCACUCGGCCCGAAGUCGCCGGUUUCGUCGGCGAGGAGAAGAUCGGGGAGGCUCUGAAAGGAUCGGAUCUCGUGAAUGGCGUGCCGAGGAAGCCGGGGAUGACGAGGGAUGAUUUGUUCAAUGUUAAUGCUGGGAUUGUUAAGUCCCUUUGUGUUGCCGUUGCUGAACAUUGCCCCGGUGCAAUUGUAAAUGUGAUAAGCAACCCAGUGAACUCAACGGUGCCAAUUGCAGCAGAGGUGUUCAAGAAAGCAGGGACCUAUGAUGAAAGGAAGUUAUUUGGUGUUACAACUCUGGAUGUGGUUAGGGCUAGGACUUUUUAUGCGGGGAAGGCUAAUGUCCCUGUUUCUGACGUUAAUGUUCCUGUUGUGGUGGCACACGCGGGUGUAACAAUUCUGCCUUUAUUUUCUCAGGCAACUCCUGCAGCUAAUUCUUUGUCUGAAGAGGAUAUCAAGGCACUCACAAGGAGAACACAAGAUGGAGGGACUGAAGUUGUGGAGGCAAAGGCUGGAAAAGGUUCUGCAACCUUGUCCAUGGCGUAUGCUGGUGCUCUCUUUGCAGAUGCAUGCUUGAAGGGCCUUAAUGGGGUUCCUGAUGUUGUGGAAUGUUCUUUUGUGCAGUCAAGCACCACAGAGCUACCUUUCUUUUCCUCCAAGGUGAGGCUGGGGAAGAAUGGUGUUGAAGAAGUACUUGGAUUGGGUUCUCUUUCUGAUUUUGAAAAGCAAGGGUUGGAGAAUCUGAAGGCUGAGCUCAAGUCCUCCAUUGAGAAAGGGAUCAAGUUUGCUAAUGAGAAUUAGUGAAUCAUCAUAGUUCUGUUGAUACCAUUGUUUGGAGAUUUCAAAUCAAUAAAGAAUGCAAGUUAGCUUUUACCCGAUCAUAAUGAAGUUGUAUAGAUGACAGUUUAAUUCAUUGUUUGGUAUCUUGUUCUUGCAUCCAAUUCUUUCCACGAGUAGAUCAAUGUUGCAUA